AUGGCGAACGCCGGCGGAAUGACCGUGGACGGAGGAGACAUGAUGCGAUAUGCUGAAUAUUCUCCAAAAACAACCGCGAGGAGUGACGCGGAGAUAGACAGGCGGCUGGGAGGGACUCUGAUUGCAGUCGGUCUUGGUGUGGCUGCUGCAGGUUUUGCAGGCCGAUAUGCAUUCCAGCUGUGGAAGCCUCUUGGACAAGUCUUCUCUGAGACUGUCAAGAAGAUGCCCACAUCAGCUUUCUCGUCAUAUUACAAAGGAGGAUUUGAGCAGAAGAUGUCCAAACGAGAGGCCAGCCUAAUUCUUGGCAUCAGCCCAGUCACCACGAAGGGCAAGGUACGGGAGGCACACCGGAGGAUCAUGGUCCUGAACCAUCCAGAUAAAGGCGGAUCACCGUAUCUUGCUGCAAAGAUCAACGAGGCCAAAGACCUUCUGGAUAAGGAUAUCCGACGAUGACGUGCACUGUUAAUGACAUAUAAAAGACUUCCAUCACCUUGUGCAUGAUCUCAGCUCUGUAGUUUAGAUCCAUCAAUAUCAACCCCUAACCAAGGGGCCGCUAAGACUCCCAGAGUGUGGCAAAAAAUAUAAUUAACUUCCUAACAAGGUUACUUAUCUUUGACAUGAAUAGUCCACAUUGUUAACAUAUGAUAUCAAUGUCAAUGGAUGAAGGUUACUGCCUUGAAAUGACUGUCUGUCAUUUUGGAUAUGACUUUAGGUGUUAUGAUUGAGGGCACAGGUGGGUAAAGUUGUAGAGUCGACAUCAUUCUUCACUGCUUUGUAUUCGCUUUGUAAGAAAUAUUAUGUGUACAAAUGUCAGCAUAUAAGGUAUCAUGUAAUGAUGUAAUCUAUUUAAGGAAUGAUAAAAAAGAAAAUCAGAUAUCGUGUUAAUGUGGAGGGGGUGGAAAUAAUUUUUAAAUAAAUCAAUUUGAAAAUAUA